AUGGCUAUGAAGCUUCUUCUUGUUUUGUUUCUGAGUGCCCUAGUUUUCUGCGCCACCAAUACGCGCAUGCUUGCCGAUGAAUCCGAGGCUUCUUACAAUGAUGAGAAGUUCCUCGGUGGCUAUGGAGGUGGUGGAGACUCGGGUGGAGGUUCGGGAGGAGGAGGCGGUCUUGGCGGAGGUGGAGGCUCAGGUGGUGGGUUUGGCGGAGGUUCGGGUGGAGGAGGAGGCUUGGGUGGCGGGCUUGGUGGAGGAGGAGGCUCGGGUAGUGGGUUUGGUGGAAGUUUGGGUGGAGGAGUCGGCCUUGGCGGCGGUUUUGGUGGAGGUUCAGGCGGCGGUUUUGGUGGAGGUUCAGGCGGAGGAGGUGGAUUUCCAUGA